AUGCUACCGCGUUAUUCGACAAUGUCUACCAGCUCGAACGCUGGCCCCGCCAGGCUCCGCACCGGCCAGACCGAGUACCUCAUGGAGCUCGCCAUCGGGACGCCGCCGGUGCCGUUCGUCGCCCUGGCCGACACCGGCAGCGAUCUCACCUGGACGCAAUGCAAGCCGUGCAAGCUCUGCUUCCCGCAGGACACGGCCAUCUACAACACCGCCGCCUCGUCAAGCUUCUCUGCCGUGCCGUGCUCCAGCGCCACGUGCCUGCCCAUCUGGAGCCGCAACUGCACGGCUAGCUCACCCUGCAGGUACCGAUACGCCUACGGCGACGGCGCAUACUCUGCUGGUGUCCUGGGCACGGAGACGCUCACGUUCGGCUCUAGCCCUGGUGCGCCUGGAGUCUCCGUCGGCGGCAUCGCGUUUGGUUGUGGCAUCGACAAUGGCGGCCUCUCGUACAACUCCACCGGCACCGUCGGCCUGGGCCGUGGGAGCCUGUCCCUCGUGGCGCAGCUUGGGGUCGGCAAGUUCUCCUACUGCCUCACCGACUUCUUCAACACCAGUCUAGGCAGCCCAGUGUUGUUCGGCUCCCUUGCCGAGCUGACACCCAUUGGCAGCGCUGCCGUGCAGUCGACGCCGCUCCUGCAGAGCCCGUUCAGCCCGUCGAGGUACUACGUCUCCCUCGAGGGCAUAUCGUUCGGCGAUGCACGCUUGCCGAUCCCGAACGGCACCUUCAACCUGCGCGCCGACGGCUCCGGGGGCAUGAUCGUGGAUUCCGGCACCAUCUUCACGAAACUCGUGGAACCUGGUUUCAGGGUGGUGGUCGACUACGUGGCCGGCGUGCUCGGCCAGCCGGUGGUGAACGCCUCCAGCCUAGACAGCCCAUGCUUUCCGGCUCCGGCCGGUGAACCGGAGCUCCCGGCCAUGCCGAACAUGGUGCUGCACUUCGCCGGAGGUGCAGAUAUGAGGCUGCAUAGGGACAACUACAUGUACUUUGACCCGGAAUCGUCGUCGUCCUGCUUGAGCAUUGCAGGGUCCUCGUCGGCUUCUUCUUCCGUUCUGGGCAAUUUCCAGCAGCAGAAUAUACAGAUGCUGUUUGACAUCACCGUAGGGCAGUUGUCAUUCGUGCCCACCGACAGUAGUAAGCUCUGA